UCAAUUCUAUAGUCUGGUGAGCAAUGUCGACCGCUGCGAUCAACGCCUGCUGCCUCACCUCUCUCUCUCAAUCUUCUCUCAUCAAGAAUAGACCUAAUAAUACUACAUUAGGACGUCUUUCGGCUAUUGCCAGGCUUACUUCUUCUUCUUCAUCUUCAUCUUCUCCACCUAGUCUCAUCAGAAACGAGCCUGUUUUUGCUGCCCCUCAACCCAUUAUCACCCCCUCUUGGAGAGAAGAUAUGGGGACCGAGUCGUAUGAGGAGGCCAUUGCUGGACUCAAGAAACUUCUGAGGGAGAAGAGUGAGCUUGAACCUAUUGCAGCUACAAAGAUCGAUCAAAUAACUGCAGAAUUGCAAACAUCGGUUGAAAGCAAACCAUCAUCUCCCCUGGUUGAGAGGAUGAAAAACGGCUUCAUUCACUUCAAGAGAGAGAAAUAUGAGAAAAGUCCAGCUUUGUUCGGUGAACUCGCCAAAGGCCAAAGCCCCAAAUUCAUGGUGUUUGCGUGCUCGGAUUCCCGGGUCUGCCCAUCUCAUGUAUUGGAUUUUCAACCCGGUGAGGCUUUUGUGGUCCGAAACGUUGCCAACAUGGUCCCUCCAUUUGAUAAGACAAAAUACUCUGGAGUUGGGGCCGCUGUUGAGUACGCUGUACUCCAUCUUAAGGUAGAGACGAUUGUAGUGAUUGGACAUAGCUGCUGUGGUGGGAUAAAAGGACUUAUGUCUUUCCCAGAUGAUGGACCCACUUCCACUGAUUUCAUUGAGGAUUGGGUCAAAGUCUGUUUACCAGCUAAGAACAAAGUGAAAGCAGAGAAUGGCAACAUACCGUUUCCAGAACUAUGUACCGUUUGUGAAAAGGAGGCAGUGAAUGUAUCCCUUGGAAACCUGCUAACUUAUCCGUUUGUGAGAGAUGGUUUGGUGAAGAAAACGCUGUCGUUGAAAGGCGGUUACUAUGAUUUUGUUAAGGGAGCUUUUGAGCUCUGGGGGCUCGAGUUCGGCCUUUCUCCCUCCCUCUCAGUAAAAGAUGUCGCCACGAUACUUCAUUGGAAGCUCUAGGGACAUGCUUAGAGGUCAUCCUUGCAAAGAUGAGGCUCUCAGAGUCAGACAUUACAUAUAUUAAAUCUGAUGAUAAGAACUGGAUUGUGUAGAAUUAAUUUCCUUCUACAAACUUGGUAACUAGCUCUUGUUCAAUUUUCCUUAGGAAAACAAACAAGCUAAUGUUCAUUGUUUCGCAGCUUCAUUGGAGAUAGAUUGAUGAGGAAGUAACAGUUCUUCCCAAACUUACGAAA